UCCAUUUGCCUUGAUUAAGGUAGAAACAGCCUAUGGCUUGGAUGACUUACAUUUCAAGUUGGUUUGAGCAAGAUGAUUGGUAUGAAGGACUGCAAAGAGCCGGCAUGUCCCGGGUGAGGCAGGUCGGGCUGCUGGCCGCCGGCUGUCAGCCCUGGAACAGGGACGUGUGCGCUGCCAGCGGGGACAGGUUUGCCUACUGCGCCACCCUGGCCAUCUACGUGUACCAGUUGGAUCACCGUUAUAAUGAAUUUAAACUCCACGCAAUUAUGUCUGAACACAAAAAAACUAUCACAGCUCUCUCUUGGUGUCCACAUAACCCCGAUCUCUUUGCGAGUGGCAGUUCCGAUAACUUAGUGAUCAUUUGGAAUGUCGCAGAACAAAAAGUCAUUGCUAAACUCAACAAUACAAAAGGGACGCCCGCCUCCCUGAGCUGGUGCUGGAACGCGGGCGAGGCGGUGGCCUUCGCUCCCCGCAGGGGCCCGCUGCUCGUCUGGACCAUCUCGGGGCCGGACAGCGGCGUGACCGUGCACCGAGACGCCCACAGCUUCGUGUCCGACAUCUGCACCUUCCGGUGGCACCCCCAGAGGAAGGGCAAGGUCGUGUGUGGUCACGUGGAUGGGAGCCUGUCGGUUUUCCAGCCAGGUAAUAAAAGUCAGAGACAUGUUCUGAGGCCCGACUCUCUGGAAGGGACAGACGAAGAGGACCCAGUCACGGCCCUGGAGUGGGACCCGCUGUCCACGGAUUACCUCCUGGUGGCCAAUCUGCAUCACGGGAUCCGGCUGGUGGACACGGAGUCGCUCUGCUGCAUAACCACCUUCAGCUUGCCCAGCGCCGCAGCCUGUGUGCAGUGCUUGGCCUGGGUCCCCAGUGCCCCGGGGAUGUUCAUCACUGGAGAUUCUCAAGUAGGCGUUUUACGCGUUUGGAAUGUUUCAAGAACAACACCGACUGAUAAUUUUAAACUAAAGAAAACAGGAUUUCACUGCUUACAUGUACUGAAUUCUCCACCAAGAAAGAAAUUUUCAAUCCAGCCUCCCACCCCAAAUCACACAUCCUCCACGAGCGAGGCGCUGCCCCCGGGCCAGGUGUCCUCCCUGCCCCCCGGACACGCCCUCUGCUGCUUCCUGGACGGUGGCGUGGGCCUGUAUGACCUGGGAGCCAAGAAGUGGGAUUUCCUGAGGGACAUGGGACACGUGGAAACCAUCUUCGACUGCAAGUUCAAGCCCAACGACCCCAACCUCUUAGCGACAGCGUCCUUCGAUGGCACCGUGAAGGUCUGGGACGUGGACACGCUGACCGCGGUGUACACGUCCCCGGGGAACGAGGGGGUGAUUUAUUCCCUCUCCUGGGCGCCAGGUGAUUUGGAUUGUAUUGCCGGAGCAACUUCCCAAAAUGGUGCCUUCAUUUGGGACAUUAAAAAGGGCCGAAUGGUGCAGCGCUUUAAUGAGCAUGGAAACAAUGGGAUAUUCUGCGUCGCCUGGAGUCAUAAAGAUUCCAAACGAAUAGCGACCUGCAGCGGAGACGGUCUCUGCAUCAUCCGAACCCCCGACGGGAGCGUGCUGCACAAGUACAAGCACCCUGCUGCCGUGUUUGGUUGUGACUGGAGCCCAAACAACAAAGACAUGAUAGCCACUGGCUGCGAAGACGGAGGCGUGCGCGUCUACUACGUGGCCACCAGCUCGGACCAGCCGCUGAAGGUGUUCAGUGGGCACACGGCCAAGGUGUUCCACGUGCGCUGGUCGCCCCUGAGGGAGGGCAUCCUCUGCAGCGGCUCCGAUGACGGUUCUGUUCGAAUCUGGGAUUAUACUCAAGACGCCUGCAUCCGUGUUCUCAGUGGGCACUCGGGCCCCGUGCGGGGGCUGGUGUGGAACCCUGAGAUCCCGUACCUUCUCGUCUCCGGCAGCUGGGACUACACGGUGAGGGUGUGGGACACUCGCGAGGGGACGUGCCUGGACACCGUGUACGAUCAUGGCGCAGACGUGUAUGGUUUAACGUGCCAUCCCAGCCGCCCCUUCACCAUGGCCUCCUGCUCCCGGGACUCCACCGUGCGGCUGUGGUCAUUGGCCCCUUUAAUCGCCCCUUUACAGAUCAGCAUCCUGGCGGACAGACCCUGGAAGGAAAUUAUCGGGAACACGGAUGACGCCAUCCUGCGAGGCACGCCCCCCGUGCUGUGCGGCAAAGUGUCGCGGGACAUUAAACAGGAAAUAGAGAAGCUGGGUGGACACCCGCGUGGGAAGAAGCUCCGGUGGUUUUCGGAGUGUCUGUCCCCUCCAGGUGGCAGUGACAACCUGUGGGCCUUGGUGGCCGUGAUCAAAGGGCAGGAUGACAGCUUACUUCCUCACAACUACUGCAAAGGCAUCAUGCACCGGAAGCACCUGCUCAAGUUCCGCACGUCUGAAGCCCAGGAGCUGACGACAGUCAAGAUGUCCAAGUUCGGAGGGGGCAUCGGCGCGCCGACCACGGAGGAGAGGCUGAAGGAGGCCGCGGAGAUACACCUGCGGCUCGGGCAGCUCCAGCGCUACUGCGAGCUCAUGGUGGAGCUUGGCGAGUGGGACAGAGCCUUGUCCGUGGCACCGGGCGUCUCCAUGAAGUACUGGAGGAAGUUAACGCAGAGGAGAGCCGACCAGCUAAUGCAGGAAGACAAGGACGACGCCAUCCCGUACUGCAUAGCCGUCGGCGAUGUGAGGAAACUGGUCCAUUUCUUCAUGGCCCGGGGCCAGCUGAAGGAAGCUCUGCUGGUGGCCCAGGCUGCGUGUGAGGGAAACAUGCAAACCUGCCGAGCCCCCACCCCGCCCGGGGCCUCGGGGCCUGAGGACGCCCGCGGGGAGGACUUCACCGAGCUCCUGCACGCGGCGAGCGCGCGGCUGGCCGAGUGGCACUCCCAGGGCGGCCGGGCCGUGCGGGCCGCCUGCUGCCACCUGGCCGUGGACGACGUGGAGCUGGCCAUGGCAUCCCUGCUCCGCGGGAACGAGCUGGAGCUGGCGGUCUGCGUGGGCACGGUCCUGGGCGAGGCGGCAGCCCCCGCCACCCACUACGCCCUGGAAUUGUUGGCCAGAAAAUGCAUGAUGAUCCCAAUGUGGAAUUUGGCAGCCGAUCUGCUCCUGAUGAUUCCCGAUAAUGAACUUCAGCUGGUGAAGCUCUGUGCCUUCUACCCAGGCUGCGAGGAGGAGAUGAUCGAUCUCCGUGAGAAGUGCAAGCUGCCCACCGUAGAAGAAUGUAUGCAGUUAGCGGAGACAGCGCACGCGGAUGGCCAUGUGUUUGAAGCUGUAAAGUAUUUCUUGUUAAGUCCAGAACCUGAGAAAGCCCUUCCUGUUGGCAUUGACUUCGUCAAAGAACACAUCAGUAGAUCAGAUUGGACUUUGGAUACCAUUUAUCCCGUUCUUGACCUGCUGAGUUACAUUCGUACUGAAAAGUUACUCCUGCACACGUGUACCAAAGCGCGGAACGAGCUGCUCGUCCUGAGUGGCUACGCGGGCGCGCUGCUGGCCGCCAGGAGACAGUACGCGAGCAUCGUCCCCGCGCUCUACGAGUACACGAGUCAGCUAUUGAAACGUCGGGAGGUGUCCGUGCCUUUGACCAUCGAGCGCCUCUCUGAGGAGCUGGAGGCGUGGAGAGCCUGCACGCCGCCCAUCCCCCCAUCCUCAGAGGACUCUCCCUACACACCAGCUUCCGAGUCACAGAGAAGGGUGCACGCAGCCCUACUCCGGAGACUGCAGGCCGAGCCGCUCAGAGGGAUGGUUGGGCCGGACUACGUGACGGGGUCCCACCUUCCCAGCCAUUCUGAUGCUCACAUCUCUUGUCUCACGGGGCUAAAAAUCCAGGGCCCCGUGUAUUUCCUUGAAGAUGGGAAAUCCGCCAUCUCCCUGAACGAUGCUCUGAUGUGGGCCAAGGUGAACCCCUUCUCACCUUUAGGGACUGGCAUUCGACUCAACCCAUUCUGAUGGAAGGCUUUCCUCCGGCUUCACUGUGUCUAAAAAACCUUUCGUUGGUGUUUCACGAAAUUGCAAUAUCAAGAUGCUGUACAUGGUGUGAAAACCUGACUUUUAUGUCAGCCAAUUAAUGAAGCAUACAUGUGUCUCCACAAGACCAUCCGGACGUGCUCAGGAGCGUGGUUGCAUCAGCAAUGACUGUGUUUGUUGUCCCUGUGAUUAGGAAAAUGACGUUUUUUGGUCUUCACAGGUCUUCUGAAUAGAGUAAACGCGUCACACGUCAUUUGUAAAAUCGGCAUUUCCUGUUUAGCGCACUCGUAACAUGGAAGCUAUGUUUAUAGUGCACUCCGACUAAGUGCUUAUUGUACCAUGUCUUUGAAACAUUUGUACUUAAAUAAAUUGAAAAAACACUU